UCGCCACCACCAGGCAGAGGAAGAGUUCGUUCUUGGGGAGGGACAGAUCUCCUCCCACUUGGAUCGCCUUCUGUCUGCUUUUGGAGAAAAGAAUAAAAGAUAUACAAAGAGAGGGAGAGAAAAAGAAUGAGAAGUGAGAGCGCAGGGGGGUAAAAAAAAAAAUAAGGCGAGAUCAGAGAGGGCUGGGGUGGGCAGGGGCGCGCAGGACGCGGGGGCGGACUAGCCGAGCCCCAGUGCGGUCGCCCGGGCAGGUGCCACGGCUGCUGCCGGGAGGCGGCAUGUGACGCGCGGCCGCAGCUGCCCGCGGGCGGAGCGCGCUCGGACCCGGGAGCGCAACCGCGGGCCAAGUCGGCUGCAGCCGGGAGCCCCGCACUCGCGACCCGCCUGGAGGAGCCCGCAGCUGCGCUUGCACCCAGAAGCCAGGCGAUGCAGACAAGGGCGGCUCCGAGGCAGGAGCGAACCUGAGGACAGUCCCUGUCUCGGAACUCUCUCCUGCGAGAGACCGAGGUUCGGACAGGAGCGGACCGGACAGUCCGGGAGAUUCGGGGAGGCGCGGAGGACUCGAGUGGGACAGCCACCUGGAGCACGGCUGCCAGAUAUGGCCAGUAAUGGCAUCUACUUCAGUUCUGACUUGCUCAGUGGACUGUGGAUUGAGUGAACCAUAUCCCUUCCCAUCAUGAUACACACCACAGAGGCUCUCCACUUGUAGUGCUGCAUUCUGACUAAGUGACCAAGCACGUGACAUUCUGAACUUCAGCAAAGGUACAAUAAGGAAGGCUGCACCCAGUAUCUACCAGAUCACCCAUUGGAACACUUUGCCAAGCAUUAUGUACUAUGUCAGAAAGUCACAAUGACCUUGCACGGUAACAGUACAACCUCGCCUUUGUUUCCCAACAUCAGCUCUUCCUGGGUGCACAGUCCCUCAGAGGCAGGGCUGCCCUUAGGGACAGUCACUCCGUUGGAUAGCUACAACAUUUCACAAGCCACUGGGAAUUUCUCCUCAAACGACACCUCCAGCGACCCUCUGGGGGGCCACACCAUCUGGCAAGUGGUCUUCAUUGCAUUCUUGACUGGCUUCCUGGCGUUGGUGACUAUCAUUGGCAACAUCCUUGUCAUUGUGGCAUUUAAGGUCAACAAGCAGCUGAAGACGGUCAAUAACUACUUCCUCUUAAGCCUGGCCUGUGCAGAUCUGAUCAUCGGGGUCAUUUCCAUGAACCUGUUCACUACCUACAUCAUUAUGAACCGCUGGGCUCUGGGGAACUUAGCCUGUGACCUCUGGCUUUCCAUUGACUAUGUGGCCAGCAAUGCUUCGGUCAUGAAUCUGCUGGUCAUCAGCUUUGACAGGUACUUUUCUAUCACCAGGCCACUUACCUACAGAGCCAAACGAACAACAAAACGAGCUGGUGUGAUGAUCGGUCUGGCUUGGGUCAUCUCCUUUGUCCUGUGGGCUCCUGCCAUCUUGUUCUGGCAAUACUUUGUAGGGAAGAGAACCGUGCCCCCAGGAGAAUGUUUCAUUCAGUUUCUGAGUGAGCCCACCAUCACCUUCGGCACUGCAAUCGCUGCCUUUUACAUGCCUGUCACCAUCAUGACUAUUUUAUACUGGAGGAUCUAUAAGGAGACUGAGAAACGUACCAAAGAGCUGGCUGGGCUACAGGCUUCUGGGACAGAAGCGGAAACAGAAAACUUUGUCCACCCCACAGGCAGUUCUCGGAGCUGUAGCAGCUACGAGCUACAACAGCAAGGCACGAAGCGGUCGUCUAGGAGGAAGUACGGUGGCUGCCACUUCUGGUUCACAACCAAGAGCUGGAAGCCCAGUGCUGAGCAGAUGGACCAAGACCACAGUAGCAGUGACAGUUGGAACAACAACGAUGCUGCUGCCUCCCUGGAAAACUCUGCUUCUUCUGAUGAAGAGGACAUUGGCUCAGAGACCAGAGCCAUCUAUUCCAUUGUACUCAAGCUGCCAGGUCAUAGCACCAUCCUCAACUCUACCAAGCUACCCUCCUCAGACAACCUGCAGGUGCCGGACGAGGACCUGGGGACUGUGGAUGUAGAGAGAAAUGCUCACAAGCUGCAGGCCCAGAAGAGCAUGGAUGACCGUGAUAACUGUCAGAAGGACUUCUCCAAGCUUCCCAUCCAGCUAGAGUCUGCCGUGGACCCAGCCAAGACCUCUGACACCAACUCCUCGGUGGACAAGACCACGGCCGCUCUACCUCUGUCCUUCAAGGAAGCCACGCUGGCUAAGAGGUUUGCCCUCAAAACCAGAAGUCAGAUCACCAAGCGGAAAAGGAUGUCGCUCAUCAAGGAGAAGAAGGCCGCCCAGACGCUCAGUGCUAUCUUGCUAGCCUUCAUCAUCACGUGGACCCCCUACAACAUCAUGGUCCUGGUGAACACCUUCUGUGACAGCUGCAUACCCAAAACCUAUUGGAACCUGGGCUACUGGCUGUGUUAUAUCAACAGCACCGUGAACCCCGUGUGCUACGCCCUGUGCAACAAGACAUUCAGAACCACCUUCAAGAUGCUUCUCUUAUGCCAGUGUGACAAAAGGAAGAGGCGCAAGCAGCAGUACCAGCAGAGACAGUCCGUCAUUUUUCACAAGCGAGUGCCCGAGCAGGCCUUGUAGAAAAGGGGGUUUACCAAUAGCAGUGACCCAUACACACACGUCAGCCCACAGCCUAGCAGGAGUCUGGCGCAGGUGGGAGGCCAUUCCUGAUGGUGAUAAGAGGGGUUGUUUUGUCAACCACACAGGAGAGAAGCUGCCUUCUUACUGAUCCGUUGAAUAACUGAUUUUGGUCCAAUGCCAAUUCAGCUGGAAAGAAGGAGAAGUGUACUGCUAAAUAUAAAGAAAUGCAUUCUGAAACAGACUUUUAAGUGGAUUUUUUUUCCUUUAAGAGAAAAAAAAAUUAUUGUCUCAGAGCAAGUAUCCUCAGAAAUUGGUCUGCUGGGUCUUUUAAUUCUUAUUAUCUCUGGAAUCACUGGUGAGCCUCAAUGUGCUGGUGGCCAUGUGUUCUCCCUAGGGGUCCUAAAGUGUCCACCCAGAUCCCACGUGAAGCACAGCAGGCUUGAAAUAUCCGUGGUUCUGAGUUAUUUUGUAUAUUGCAAAGCUGACGCCACUUGUCCCCCGAUCAGCUUCUGUCCUCCCUCGGUGUGUUGUUAAACUCCAUUCGUGGAUUUGACUCUUGGUUCUUGCAAAGUACUGUUCUGUGCAGUUCAAGUUUCAUACAAAUAAAAUUGUACAUGAAUAUAUGCAUACCUAUAUCCGUGUGAGUUCCGCACGCACGCACAUUGUGUAUAUAUGAUGUGAUGGGGAACAGUGGACUGGCAGAACGUUCCUACCGCGGAUGCUUUCAGUGCAUAGGGUCCUCAAAGGAUAGGAAACUGAAAUCAGCCCAGUUUAAUGUUGUGGUUUUGGUUUGGGUUUUUGACACUGGAACUAUUUUCCACAAACCACCCUGAAGAAGAACAUCCAGCACAGAGAAGCCAGGCCCUCUCAGCGAACCUGUGCUGGAUGGACAGUCUUGAGGGAGGGUCAGUCAGUCGGCACCUCAUCUUGACUGGACUCAGUACGUACUGUCUCCUGCGCUGUUAGCACUGCUGAUAGAGCUAAACCAGGGUCCCUCCGAGCUCAAAAGGAUGAACUUCUGUACGUGUUUGAAUUUAAUCGUCCAAAUCUGAAUGUUUCAAAACAAAAUUUCUGGGAUCUAAACUGCUCGAAACUCAAUCCUAGAGUCACCUUUGAAUGUCACAUACAGCAAUAUGUCUACAUUUACAUAGAAAAAUCAAAGGAAAUACUGUGCUCGGAGCUGACAGAAAGUAUUGUAUUUCACUUCCAGCCACCUGGCACCUUUUGAAAGGAAGCAGGGCUUACCUCCUACCACUUAGCAGGAGCCCAGAGCAUCUGGUAGUCACUGUAUAACCUUCACCCAGGGAUGGUUGCUGUCUAGGAAGCCAUGUGUCCUCUGAAGAAAGAAUUGCACUUGAAAAAGUAUUACUUCAAAAUCGAUUUCUUUCCAUUGUGACAACCGAAUUUUGCAUCAUCCUUUGAACUGCCCCAAGCACACUGCGUUCUCUCUGGGGGAGGGGCCUGCUGCUCUCAUUCUCCUGGGCUGCUGUAUUGUUGAGUUUCUUCCUUUCU